GGGAUGUGAUUCUGUUUCUCCCCAAGUGUACAGUGCUGCUCAACUCAAGCGUGACUUACGUCAGACGCCGUACCACAGUACUCUUAGGCUGCUCCAGAGUUGUGAUGGUGACAUUGCACUGGGACUCAGUAGUGCAUGCUGCUACUAGAGGCAUACCAGCUACAACUACGCCGUGGUAGCCGAGUAUUACCUGAGCUUACAUGAGCCACUACUUGACGUUGUGCGGAUACUUAGUAGGAGAGCUCCGUCUGUCACCCAUUGCAAUGCACCUGAGGCCGUUACUGGCUCUUACUUCUGGGUGGCUCGAACGCGAUCAGUAACUGUCGUGCACGCGUUUAUCAGCAUCCGGCAUCGCACGCGUUUCACGGGCACAUCGACUUUAUUGUCAAGCCAUACCAUACCAUGGUGUCAAUAUUACAAAUGACCUUCGCUUACUUAUCGCUUAAUUUAAGGCGGCCUUUGCAGCAGGAGAUUGUUAACCAGCCACCUCGAGAGUUAAUCGCUUGGAGCCGGAAGCAAGGGAAGCAAUCGUUUUGGCAAUCACUGGUUAGGGAGGCAGCGGCGGAAAGAGCAGGGGAUCAAUCAGAGAGACGAAGGUGGUCUUUCCGUUGGAGUCAGGAUUUAGAAUUGGAGUUUAGAGAGCACGAGAUCCUGACAGCGCAUGAGAGAGAGGCUGGAGGCAGCUGAUCAGAUGUACUAGGGUUGGAUAAAGCGGCUGCUCAGACGAAGUAGUAGCACCCACGGCGUUGAUACUAGUUUUCGUGAGAGUGACGUGUGGAGAGAUUACUAGGAAGCCGGAACGAUCCGGAAUAGGAGGAAGGAACAUAUCUUGCUGGAAUGGCGGAAGUAGUAGCGGCUGUGAUUCGCCAGCGAGGCGGCAGCAACCGCGUGGUGGACGGCGAUCUCGAGGACUUCCUCUUCGGCGACGAUGCUGACACGUCAGACAUCGGCAAUCGCAGCCGUCGAUCCAGCCUCAGCUUCGAGCCGCUCAGGAUGCACGACGGCGACGCCGGCGGCGGCGGCGCUCACGGCGGGGGGCACGGCGGGGGGCACGGGGACAGGAGGCGGAUGAGCGUGGAGGAGAAGAACGCGGUGUGGCGGGAAAGCGUGCGCGCGCGCGUGUCGUUCAAGCGCGGAGGGGGGGGCUCGCGCGGGGAGCCGGAGCAGCAGGAGCCUCUGGUUGAGCGGAGCGGGGAAAUGCCAGUCGGGCGGAGCGGAGAGCUGGUUAUGAAUCGGUCGCGGCCGCUAACGCCGCCGCUAGGCACGGGGACAGAGCGAAGUGGCGUACGUGGGCACCACGGGGCAGCAGACCACGGCAGGAGCAGCGGCGCUGGGGGGGGGAGCAGCCGGCCGGCGCGGCAGCCCAUGGCGGUGCACUGGGAGGACUGGGCGAGCGACGAGGAGGAGGACGAGGAGCAGCUCGACGCUGUCGUGCUGGAAGAUAUUUAUUUCAAGGUGAAAGCGGCAGAUAAACGGUUAGAUGACUACAAGAACCUGGUGUCGUUCCUCUGCUUCAUUGCGCUCUACAUGGUCGUGCUCUACAUGCAAGCGGAUUCUACAGAUGGAUACGAGGUGUCAACGGCGCAUAAUAUUCUGCUUCCAUCAGGAGCGUCAGGGAGUGAGCUCAACUCUAUGAGCGGACCGGACGAGAUGUACCAGUGGGUUAACGACAGCAUUAUACAGGUGGUGUGGGAGGGGCCCCAUUGCGGCAACAGUGUCUGUGAUAACCCCUUGGAGUAUGCUGCGUUUGGCCGAUUCGGGUGUGAGGCAGACUGCGGGGUGUUUGAGAACGUGACCCACGUGGUGGUGCACAUCCACUCGGCGUUUGCCUCUCAAACCGACAUGCAGGGCAGCUCUUGGAAUUUAUGCAUGGCGCAGCCGACCAACCUGUGCUGGUUCGAGGAGCCUCAGGGGUUUUCCGAGCUACACUCAGAAACCGCUUUGGACCUCUUUAUUCCGGACGGCGACUGGCAGAUCAAGCUCGACGCGCCGGGCGGCGGCGUUCGGGGUUAGUGCAGGUGGUCGGCGCGCUCAGCAGCAACGCCACCCUGCAACGAACCAAUGGCAGGGGGGGCCGAACCAGCGCCCGAGGCUCGGCAACAGGCUGGGGAACAGGCUGGAGCGUGUCAGGGAA